AUUGAGAUUGGACACUGGUCAGGACUGGAUUGGAUGACAUAACUGGGCACUGUGGAACAUCUCAGAAAACCCUGAAUAUCUUUGCAGGUACAAAUCAGAGGACAUUACCAUAUAACUUCCGACUCACCAAUACGAUUAAAGAAGUCUACGUUAAAAUUUCACUAACUCAUUAUCCAACUAAUCUCUUAAAAUGUUCAAAUAUUGAACAUUAUUAGAUAUUAAAAAUUACUUUCUGGACUCAAUUGAAGGAUUUUACAUAAUGUAAAUGUAAUUUAAACUUUUAAAAUGUUAAGGAUUGAACUGACACUUAAAAAAAUAAUUUUGCUUUCAGUACGCUCUCAUUUAUACAAUCUCCAAUUAACAUUACCUCAUGUAUUCUUGAAAUUUAGUUAUAACAAAUUCUAAACUGAAUCUAGGCUAUCGACAGACUUACUGACUGCUGAUAGACUAAAUACAUUUGACCAUUUUGUAUGUAUAUACGUACUGUUUUAUUUUGUCAGCCUAAUAUUUAUUUAUCCUCCUGUCUGGUCAUGUAGUGGGGAUGUGUCACUUCACCAGGUUAUUCAGUUUCUUGUAAAUGUUUAUACAAUUUCAAGUUUUAAAUAAAGUUGACGUGAAAAAAACAACAGACAACCCGGAACAAAAACAGCGUCGCACCAAUAGAGUUUCCGUCACAUGAUAAAAAAUCCUCCUCGAUUACUCGACACGGGAGGACACAUCACUAAUAAAAAACAAAACAAACAACACAGAGAAGAGAAGAGAGAUUAUCCUUGGCUAAAUUAAUUAUCUCCUCAGCGAAUAAUCAAGAUGGAGGUUAAUUCAAAAGGAGAGCGUUCCUGCCCUACUCUCUCUGCUCUGCGCCUCCUGGUCUCUCCCCUUCGGCUGGUCUCGGCAGCUGUCUGGCAGACCAUCCAGAAGAAAGUUGUGGCCAAUUAUGGGAUGCUGGAGGAGUUUGUUUCCACGGUCACAGACAUCGUCCCGGAGCUGCUCACCACCCGCCAGAAAUUCCAACUCACCCUGGGCCUCAGAGCACGUCUGAUCCUGGAGUUAUGUCAGUUUGAAGCAACUGCAGAUUUUGCGGCUGUCUGGCCACACCUGGACAGGAUGCAGAACCAUAUCGAGGCAUGGCUAGUGGAGGCUGGAGCCACUAAUGAGGAAGUGCCAAACUCAGACUUUGUGGAUGUUGUUAAGAACAUACUGAAAGAUCCAGAGAAGAGGGGAGACUUUUUUCAGAACGUUUUCCCUGAAAAGUUUGGUGCGACAUUUGAUGAAGCACUUCACACCUUGACGUGGCUGCUUCUGUCCCGGCUUGAAAAGCUUCUUCCUCUACAACCGUUCCAACAGGUUUCCUCCAUGUUUGAUGAGGCAUCCCCUGUCCUGGAGGACUGUUUGGAGUCUGUCGCUCAGUACGAGGAGCUCCGAAUCGUGCUGCGGUAUCAAAAAGACCUCAGCCAACUGGAUCACAAUGAUGGUUCCCUGGAUGGCGCCUGCAUUACUUCAGCGCUCAAACUUCCCUCUGCAAAAAUAACCGAGACACAGAAAAAAGCACAAGCCAACAUCUUGGAUUAUGUGCUGACAGGUACAUCAGAUGUGGAUGAGGAACAUUUAGCGCCGCCUCAUACAGCACAGUUAAAUACUGACUCAUUCACAGAGCAUCCCACAAGUGAAAUAAAGACUGAAAAAACUAACUGGACUCCUGGGGAAAAUGAAACAGGACUAGCUUCUGACGAUAUUACAAGACGUGAAGAAAAUGUUGACCAGCUUCAAAGUCAAGCAGAUGAUGCAGCUGGAGUAAAACAAUGCUGUGUUCAGCUCGAAAGACGUGACACGCCGCAGUCUUGGCAGCUUCGACCUGUCAGACGAAACAGAGGCCUGAAGCUGAAACAGAUUCUGCUGAAAGAGAAAAGAGGACUUUGUGACCAGGCCCUCCCGGUCUGCAAACGUUCUUCUAGAAAAGCUAAAUCACCCAGCAGGACUCCCCAAGGGGUGUCCGACGAUGAGAGUUCAAUCCACUCCUCAUAUAUGGCUCCUAUCACUAACUGCAGUGAAGAUGACUCAGGGUCUUACUACUCAGAUGAGGACUCCUUCCAUAAGACCACUAGUGGAAGUCCCAGUAUGGCUGAUUCAUACAGAAAAUUGGAUUCGGACGUCAAAGCUAGCACCUCGAAGAAAGUCCAUCAAGUUUACUGCUUUCUCUGCAAGGAGCAUGUAGACACAAGCCUGAGGAGUCACAUGACAACACACUUUCCUGAAGGCGAUUACGCCUGCCCUCGAUGCGACAGUAGAUUUAAACUCUUCUCAUCUUUUGAGAUGCACAUGCGCAGAACCUGUUAUGAGUACGGUAAGCAGCAAGUAGAUCCGGAGAAGCCGGACGAAGCGCAGAAUCUUUACAAAUGUGACAAAUGCCAAGAGGCCUUCAGGUUCAAAGUUUCACUGGACAGACACAGACUGACACACGAUGAGUUGUACUGCAGUGUGUGUAGGAAGGUGUUACGAGACGCCGCGACACUGGCGAGGCACAAGGUCUCACACACGGCGUUCCAGUGCACCCGGUGUGAGGAGACCUUUACUCUGUUUAAGCCCUUAGUCAGGCAUUGUGAAAAUAUUCAUAAAAUAAGCAGGCCGUUUAAAUGCAACCGCUGUCCCAAAACUUUAACCAGGCUGCGUUUUUUGAUCCUACACGAGUGGACGCACACAGGGCACCUACCAUUCCAGUGUGCCCGGUGCAGCUGUAGAUUCAAGUCGGACGCAGAUCUCAUUUACCAUGAAAGGGUCCACACGAAAGAGAAACCCUUCCGGUGUCCGGAGUGCGGCAAGACUUUCUCCCAGAAGUCCAAUCUGUUGCGGCACUUGAAUCUCAUCCAUGAUGAGCGUCAAAAGAAGAAGAGACAUGCUUGCUCCCAAUGCGAGAAAUCCUUUAAAGAGAAAGAGGCCCUGAAAAAGCACCAGAGGAGCAAACACUUGAACGAACUAUUCCGCCAUCCGUUUUCGUACUGUGGAAAGAUGCUCUCCACGUCGACACUCGCUCGACAUAAAUUAAUCCAGACGGGAGAGAGACCUUUUAAAUGCACCGUGCCCGAAUGUGACAAGCUCUUCAGGUCAACCUCUGAAGUGAAGAAGCAUGUCCUUAUACAACAUACGACAGAGAGACCGUAUAAAUGUGAUGUACGUGGAAAGGGCGAUGUUACAAGACGUGAGGAAAAUGUUAGCCACCUUCAAAGUCAAGCGGAUGAUGCUGCUGGAGUAAAACAAUGCUGUGUUCAGCUCGAAAGACGUGACUUGCCGCAAUCUUUGCAGCUUCGACCUGUCAGACGAAACAGAGGCCUGAAGCUGAAACAGAUUCUGCUGAAAGAGAAAAGAGGACUUUGUGACCAGGCCCUCCCGGUCUGCAAACCUUCUUCUAGAAAAGCUAAAUCACCCAGCAGGGCUCCCCAAGGGGUGUCCGACGAUGAGAGUUCAAUCCGCUCCUCAUAUAUGGCUCCUAUCACUAACUGCAGUGAAGAUGACUCAGGGUCUUACUACUCAGAUGAGGACUCCUUCCAUAAGACCACUAGUGGAAGUCCCAGUAUGGCUGAUUCAUACAGAAAAUUGGAUUCGGACGUCAAAGCUAGCACCUCGAAGAAAGUCCAUCAAGUUUACUGCUUUCUCUGCAAGAAGCAUGUAGACACAAGCCUGAGGAGUCACAUGACAACACACUUUCCUGAAGGCGAUUACGCCUGCCCUCGAUGCGACAGUAGAUUUAAACUCUUCUCAUCUUUUGAGAUGCACAUGCGCAGAACCUGUUAUGAGUACGGUAAGCAGCAAGUAGAUCCGGAGAAGCCGGACGAAGCGCAGAAUCUUUACAAAUGUGACAAAUGCCAAGAGGCCUUCAGGUUCAAAGUUUCACUGGACAGACACAGACUGACACACGAUGAGUUGUACUGCAGUGUGUGUAGGAAGGUGUUACGAGACGCCGCGACACUGGCGAGGCACAAGGUCUCACACACGGCGUUCCAGUGCACCCGGUGUGAGGAGACCUUUACUCUGUUUAAGCCCUUAGUCAGGCAUUGUGAAAAUAUUCAUAAAAUAAGCAGGCCGUUUAAAUGCAACCGCUGUCCCAAAACUUUACCCAGGUUGCGCUUUUUGAUCCUACACGAGUGGACGCACACGGGGCACCUACCAUUCCAGUGUGCCCGGUGCAGCUGUAGAUUCAAGUCGGACGCAGAUCUCAUUUACCAUGAAAGGGUCCACACGAAAGAGAAACCCUUCCGGUGUCCGGAGUGCGGCAAGACUUUCUCCCAGAAGUCCAAUCUGUUGCGGCACUUGAAUCUCAUCCAUGAUGAGCGUCAAAAGAAGAAGAGACAUGCUUGCUCCCAAUGCGAGAAAUCCUUUAAAGAGAAAGAGGCCCUGAAAAAGCACCAGAGGAGCAAACACUUGAACGAACUAUUCCGCCAUCCGUGUUCGUACUGUGGAAAGAUGCUCUCCACGUCGACACUCGCUCGACAUAAAUUAAUCCAUACGGGAGAGAGACCUUUUAAAUGCACCGUGCCCGAAUGUGACAAGCUCUUCAGGUCAACCUCUGAAGUGAAGAAGCAUGUCCUUAUACAACAUACGACAGAGAGACCGUAUAAAUGUGAUGUACGUGGAAAGGGCGAUGUUACAAGACGUGAAGAAAAUGUUAGCCACCUUCAAAGUCAAGCGGAUGAUGCUUCUGGAGUAAAACAAUGCUGUGUUCAGCUCGAAAGACGUGACACGCCGCAAUCUUUGCAGCUUCGACCUGUCAGACGAAACAGAGGCCUGAAGCUGAAACAGAUUCUGCUGAAAGAGAAAAGAGGACUUUGUGACCAGGCCCUCCCGGUCUGCAAACCUUCUUCUAGAAAAGCUAAAUCACCCAGCAGGACUCCCCAAGGGGUGUCCGACGAUGAGAGUUCAAUCCACUCCUCAUAUAUGGCUCCUAUCACUAACUGCAGUGAAGAUGACUCAGGGUCUUACUACUCAGAUGAGGACUCCUUCCAUAAGACCACUAGUGGAAGUCCCAGUAUGGCUGAUUCAUACAGAAAAGUGGAUUCGGACGUCAAAGCUAGCACCUCGAAGAAAGUCCAUCAAGUUUACUGCUUUCUCUGCAAGAAGCAUAUAGACACAAGCCUGAGGAGUCACAUGAAAACACACUUUCCUGAAGGCGAUUACGCCUGCCCUGGAUGCGACAGUAGAUUUAAACUCUUCUCAUCUUUGAAGAUGCACGUGCUCAGAACCUGUUAUGAGUACGGUAAGCAGCAAGUAGAUCCGGAGAAGCCGGACGAAGCGCAGAAUCUUUACAAAUGUGACAAAUGCAAAGAGGCCUUCAGGUUCAAAGUUUCACUAGACAGACACAGACUGACACACGAUGAGUUGUACUGCAGUGUGUGUAGGAAGGUGUUACGAGACACCGCGACACUGGCGAGGCACAAGGUCUCACACACGGCGUUCCAGUGCACCCGGUGUGAGGAGACCUUUACUCUGUUUAUGCCCUUACUCAGGCAUUGUGAAAAUGUCCAUAAAAUAAGCAGGCCGUUUAAAUGCAACCGCUGUCCCAAAACUUUAACCAGGCUGCGCUUUUUGAUCCUACACGAGUGGACGCACACAGGGCACCUACCAUUCCAGUGUGCCCGGUGCAGCUGUAGAUUCAAGUCGGACUCAGAUCUCGUUUAUCACGAAAGGGUCCACACGAAAGAGAAACCAUUCCUGUGUCCGGAGUGCGGCAAGACUUUCUCCCUGAACUCCAAUCUGUUGCGGCACUUGAAUGUCAUCCAUGAUGAGCGUCAAAAGAAGAAGAGACAUGCUUGCUCCCAAUGCGAGAAAUCCUUUAAAGAGAAAGGGGCCCUGAAAAAGCACCAGAGGAGCAAACACUUGAACGAACUAUUCCGCCAUCCGUGUUCGUACUGUGGAAAGAUGCUCUCCACGUCGACACUCGCUCGACAUAAAUUAAUCCAUACGGGAGAGAGACCUUUUAAAUGCACCGUGCCCGAAUGUGACAAGCUCUUCAGGUCAACCUCUGAAGUGAAGAAGCAUGUCCUUAUACAACAUACGACAGAGAGACCGUAUAAAUGUGAUGUAUGUGGAAAGGGCUUUAUAAAAAUGUGUUUUCUCAAAGCGCAUGCUAAAAUACACUCGGAAGAAAAGCCAUUUGUUUGCCACAUCUGCGGAAAGGCUUUCCCUAAGCUCUACAGCAUGCAGCGACACAAAAAGCUAAUACAUACAAUUGUACCGCAUUAACCCUGCAUCAUAGUUACGCUCAGUAAAACAGUGUAUGUAUGAAAGGUUCCAAAGUCUGUAGACUACAUUCACAUAUAACAUGCAAAGGUUGUUUUAUUCCUCGAGACGCUUAAUCAGGAUUUGGAGAGAGAAUUGGAAAGAUAUAAAUGCCGACACCGGAAUAAAGAUAAACUUGUUUUUUUCUUGAUCAAUGCGAAAUACAGAAUUUACUAUGAAUGAGAUGAGUAAAUUGAAACGAUCGGGUUGGUUAUGUUAGCUGGGCUGAUGUUUUACACUGCACAUGUCUGUAAUCAUGUGUCAGGCACAGAGUAACACUAACUCAGUGCAGCUCACUUAAACUGCAUCUGGCUUGGACCACUCAGACAGAAGCAUGUGGCCCAAGCCACGCUCUGAUCUGGACACAUACCCGGGUGCUGUGUCAGUGGUUCCAUCUCCUGGUUAAUUUCUCGUCUCAAAACUUGGUUUUUAAAAUUAACAGGCUACAGUUGGAUGAAAAUUGUUAUUUGUUAAAAAUCUCUGAGACAAAUACAAAUUAGUAAAAAUAAAAUGAUGAUGCUUUCCAGUCUUGAGAUAAUUUGUAAACAAUAAACAUACCAGCUAAAUAUUAUAAAUGAUAAAAUAUUAUUUUAAUUUGUUUAUUUUAAUUAAAAAGCAAUAUUAAAGGAUUAAAUGAUG